UUGCUGACCCCUGCCUCAGAUCCUUAAUGGCCUGGUCUUUUAUUGCAGCAGAAAUAAAAUUUAUUGAAUGUUUUUGAACCACUGAGGUUUCUUGGGAUGCCUAUUGCUUUUAGUAGCAUGGUACAAUACAAUUCUACUGUCCACAAUCAAAUCCCUCGCUCUAUAAAGUCCAUUCCUCUUCCAGCAUCUACGUUUAUCGAAGCCGUGAAAAAGUGUUUCCUUCAGUUCUAUUUUCUUGAUAGGAUAAUGGCAGGAAAAGUCAAAUGGGUUACUGACAUAGAGAAAUCUGUGCUUAUAAACAACUUUGAGAAGAGGGGAUGGGUCCAAGUGUCAGAAAAUGAAGACUGGAAUUUUUACUGGAUGAGUGUGCAAACUAUUCGAAAUGUUUUCAGCGUGGAGACUGGUUACCGCCUCUCUGAUGACCAGAUUGUCAACCACUUCCCAAAUCACUAUGAGCUCACCCGAAAGGACUUAAUGGUCAAAAAUAUUAAGAGGUACAGGAAGGAAUUAGAAAAAGAAGGUAGCCCCCUUGCAGAGAAAGAUGAAAAUGGAAAAUACCUUUACUUAGACUUUGUGCCUGUCACCUUUAUGCUCCCAGCUGAUUACAAUUUAUUUGUUGAAGAAUUCCGGAAAAACCCUUCCAGUACUUGGAUUAUGAAACCCUGCGGAAAAGCUCAAGGGAAAGGAAUAUUCCUUAUCAACAAACUUUCCCAAAUUAAAAAAUGGUCUCGAGACAGCAAAACAUCCACGUUUAUAUCUCAGUCCUCUAAAGAAGCUUAUGUGAUUUCUCUGUAUAUCAACAAUCCUCUACUGAUAGGUGGCAAGAAAUUUGACCUUCGCCUGUAUGUUUUAGUGUCUACUUACCGUCCUCUGAGAUGCUACAUGUAUAAACUUGGGUUUUGUCGCUUUUGCACAGUAAAAUACACACCAAGUACAAGUGAAUUAGACAACAUGUUUGUGCAUCUUACCAAUGUUGCCAUUCAGAAGCAUGGGGAUGAUUACAACCACAUCCAUGGUGGGAAAUGGACGGUGAGCAAUCUGCGCUUGUAUUUAGAAAGCACUCGUGGGAAAGAGGUCACCAACAAGCUGUUUGAUGAAAUUCACUGGAUAAUUGUGCAGUCACUGAAAGCCGUUGCACCUGUAAUGAACAAUGAUAAACACUGCUUUGAAUGUUACGGAUAUGACAUCAUCAUUGAUGACAAGCUAAAGCCAUGGCUUAUUGAGGUCAACGCUUCUCCAUCUCUUACUUCUAGUACUGCCAAUGAUCGUAUCCUCAAAUACAAUCUUAUUAAUGAUACACUUAACAUUGCUGUCCCUAACGGGGAAAUUCCAGACUGUAAAUGGAAUAAAUCUCCCCCCAAAGAAGCCCUUGGACAUUAUGAGAUUUUAUACGAUGAAGAGAUGGCGCAAAGUGAAGUGUCAGAUCGUGAUUUGAGAAGUCGCUCUGGGCAGUCCAUUGGAUUGAAGGGAACUCGAACCAGAGAGACUGGAAAAUCAGGGCCCCUUACAUGGAAGUAGCUGCAGAAUGAAGUGUAGACUGACGCUUCCUGAGAUUCAGGGCUGUGGUUUUUGUAGGCAGUUUGCUUGAAAUGGAUGCUCAGAUUUUGGAUGACCUCCUUCCUGUUUGCAAAAUGCUUUUAUGGGGGAAGUAAUGUUGCGCAAAGAGGACAGAAUAGUUUUCUGUCCGGCAGUGACAAGUACAUUGAAGGACUGGACAAAAUUGGUUUAUUAGCAUGUAUAUAAACAGUUAUUAAUCAGUUCAUUGCAGUUUUACUGCAGGACUGUUAUGUUGCAUGUUGUAUGAAAUAGUUGUAUUAAUAUAUACUAUGACUUAAUAUAAUUGGAAAUGAGCUUUUUACCGGUAAAUAAAUUACUGUGUCUUGCAAACAAGUGGUUGCUUUCUCAUGCAUUGCUACCAUAGGGGUCCCCAAUACUUUUCGGUUCAGAGGCACUUGUUUUGUUUUGGACUACAAAAUGCCCGUUUCAUAGAACUAAGCCUGGUGAUGCUCAGAAUUCCUAAACGAGGAAAACGCCAACAAAUAAAUACAGAACUCAAGGCAGGUAACACUCCCCCAACAACCCCCCCCAGCCCUCCCAAACUGUCAUUUCAAUAAAUCAGCAGAGGCUGGAAACCUCAGUGGGCGCCAACAGCGUGAUGUGCCCCAACGUGCCACAUUGGACAAAAUAUGCAUCUUGAAAUUCAUAUUUUGUAGGGAGAAAAGCUGUCUUUUUUUCUUAAUAUUUUACCAGAAUUGUAAGAGUAUAUUACUGAAAACACAUACUUUUAUUUUAUUUUUUGCAAAUUACACCAAAAGACCAAAUCAGUAUGGUUCAUGUUCGAAAUGCCUGUUUUCAAACUACAUGUUUCCACUUCUAAAAGCCGCUUGUAGAAUGGGUGGGGGAACCUAAUAAAGCCUUUGUGUACUGGGGAUAUUGUGACAGGCCUGCUGUCAUGACUAUAUAUAGCAAAGACCGAUCUAUAAGCUGAUACAGCAAUACGUUUCUGCACAAUUUGAUGUAACGGCUGUUACUGGCAGAAACGACGUCAGUGUUGAGUUUCAAGUAUCAUUCGCCAAUUGUUAAUCUGGCAAGCACACUAAGAAACUGGUGCAUUGCAGUGGGUUUGUCAGAUAGCAUCACAAAUUGCUACAUCAACAUUUAUUUUUACUCUGAGGUGCUGUAUUCUACUCUUAAUA